AUGGCCCCGUCCGCGCCGCAUUUCCUCCGCAAGCGAACCACAAGCACCACGAGCCUUUCGAGCAGCAGACUGCGCAGCUCGGUCGCAUCUUUGGCCAGUAGAGCAUCGCGGGAUCGGCUCAUCUCUGGACCUUCAUCUCCCACCAUCAGCGGCGCUGCUCCGUCCUUCCCCGUGCACAACAACAAAUCAACCGCGACUCCCACCAGCGUUUCGGCCGUCGAUCUGUUCGGUGGUGCUCCGCUUCAGACCACAACAAGUCUCACCGGAGCAUCUUCCGACCUAGAUCCUGAUUUUGGAUCAUCCUACGAAGGGCCUCCCGCCGUUCACUUCCCAUCGGGCCCAUCCGUCGACUCCACCACCGCUCCCUCCGUCGCUUCUUCUAGCGCCCAGACCGCUGCGGUUCCACCUACUACUAUUCCUUCUACACAGGCCGAACCAUUCCGAAGAACCGCUCUGAUGAACUCCAGCUAUCACUCUUCCAACCCGCAGGAGGGAGCUUGGCUCGGCGGCACGGCAGAUCAUGGCAACCUCCAGCCGCACGGCCUCAGCCCGCAUGUGCUCGGCGCCCACCAUUUUGGUUCUUCGCCGGGCAAUCAAUCCGACAUGUCAAAUGAAGCGCAGUUUCACAACCACGACGCCCUCUCGGACGUGUCUGCAUCAGGCUACGAAAACCCUUCCGCCAAUCAUCUCUACUCGGACGCAAUCAACAUGUCCGAUUUCAAUCACACCGGCAACCGUGCUACCAACGAGCCUCUACAGUACGAGGCUUCUUCGGCCCUUGCGACACCAACGCUCGCCGAAUAUGCAGCUUACGAAGACUCAAGAGGCUACAUCGGCGCCAAUAUGGCGUCCUCUACUGAUGUCGUAUCCAGCGCUCGCUAUAGCACGCAGAGUGCUUCCACUGUGCCCGGCCUCCCUCCGUCCAGCAGUUUUGCCGAGACGAGCAUCCCCUCGAGCAACACGGCGGGAACAUUCAGUCAUGGGCCUGUGGCCAGCUCGUCGUCCAACAAUAUGACCUCGUCCACAUCCAACAAUGGCCCAACCAUGGAAGACGUUGUGCCCACCAGCUUUGACGAAGGCGUCCUCCGCUCCCUCUGCGACAUUGACUGCGGCAUGCCUCUCCUCUUUGACCGCAUCAAGCAGAGCAUGGUUUCGGCGCGAGAGGCCUCCGUCUUCCUGAAGAAGCGCGCCAUCAUCGAGGAGGAGUAUGCUCGAAGCAUGGCCAAGCUCGCACGGUCCACUUUCGAGACCUACUCACUCAGCGACGCCAAGGCAGGCACGUUCGUCAAAUCGUGGCAUUCCAUCGUCAAGACACACGAAACACUCUCCGACAACCGGUUGCGCUUUGCCUCCAAGUUGAGCGAGAUGGGCGACGAGCUUAGCAACCUCGCCAAGGAGGUGGAUAAGAGUCGAAAGCAGGCAAGGGAGACCGGGUUGCGGCUGGAGAAGAACUUGCAGGAUGCUGAGGCAGGUGUCGAGAAGGCGCGCGGUCGCUUCGAUACCGCGGCUGAAGAUCUGGAGCGCUUGCUGCUGCUCAAGUCGGGCGAGUCGGCAAAGUCGGGCGAGAUGCAGUCGGGCGGUGGCGGUGGCGUCAGCAGCGGGAAACGGACGUUAGGCAAGGCCAUCGGGAAGAGCGGAUUGCUGUUCAAGAACAAGAAUCCGCAACAGAUUCUCAAACAGGAAGAAGAGAUCCGUGCCCGCACCAGCAGCGCCAGCGACGCCUUCCGUAGAGAAGUGCUCAGCACACAAGGCGUGAGACAAGAGUACUUCAACUUGCAGCUGCCCCGCAUCCUCCGAACGCUCAAGGAGAACGCGGAAGAGAUCGACAACGGGACUCAAUACCACCUGGCACGAUAUGCUUUCCUCUUCGAAAGCACAGUGCUCAACGACGGUAUGGCCAUCUCGCCUGUCGGACCCGACGUUGCUCCUAGCAGCGGCCUCAAGGGAGCCGUUGAGACCAUCGACAAUCGCGCUGACUUCAAGCAGUAUAUGAGCAACUAUCAGGUAGCCCAUGGACGCGAUUACAAGGGACCGCGACGAGAAGGUCCCUACGAAGAAGGCUUCCUCAACACGCCGGGUACCUCGAAGGCCAAUGCUGCUGCUGCUACCACGCGCGGAACAGUCGUCUCGGAGCGUCCCAUCUUUGGCAUCGAUCUAGCAGAGCAGAUGAUGAGGGACAAUGUGGAGGUGCCGCCAAUCCUCGAGAAGUGUUCCCAGGCCAUCGAAGAGAUUGGUAUCGAGAACAUGGGCAUCUAUCGGCUCUCGGGGACCACGUCCAAGGUGCAGAAGCUCAAAGCCAAGUUCGAUGCCGACUGGGCCAGUGUGGAUCUGACAAACGACGAGGCGAUCCAGGAUAUCAACAUCGUGGCGGGGUGUUUGAAGUUGUGGUUCCGCGAGCUGCCGGAGCCCUUGUUGACGCACGAGCUGUAUUCGCGCUUCAUUGAGGCGGCGAGGAUCGACAAUGAUCGGUUGCGGCAUAUCCGACUGCAUGAGUGCGUCAACGAGUUGCCGGAUGCGAACUAUGCGACGCUAAAGUAUCUGAUGGGGCACUUGGAUAAGGUCAAGUCGCUGGAGCAUCUCAAUCAGAUGUCGGCGAGCAACUUGGCCAUUGUGUUUGGGCCCACACUGCUUUCGCCGCCUCCGAGUGGGUAUGAGGAUGGGAACGGGGUGGUCAAUGGAGGAGGGGCGGGGGCUGGGAUACAGAUCCACGACAUGAGCUUCCAGUGUCGUGCCGUCGAGACGAUCCUGGAUAAGUAUAGGGAGAUCUUUGUUGACGAGGGGGAAGAGUAG